AUGCGAGCCGCCCAGUAUAAUACUGUCCUGAACAAGGUCGAGGUUAAUGAGGUCCCGAUUCCCGAGCCCGGGGAGGACGACGUUCUCAUCAAAAAUGCUUGCGCUUCUCUAUGUCAUUCUGAUUUGAUGCUUUUCUGGGGUCAUACAGCGGAGAAGCCCCCGAUGGAGAAGGUUACGAUUGGACAUGAGAAUACCGGCACUGUUGUUGCUAUGGGAAGCAACGUGCAAGGGUUCAAAGUCGGGGACCCAGUCGGAUGUCUUGGAUGCAGUUACGCGUGCUAUGAGUGCGAAGGAUGCCGCGUUCACAAUCUCCACUGCGUAAAAGGGAGUGGCCGCCUCCAUGGAUUUACUACCCAUGGUCACUUUGCAGAGUAUUCGAUAUCGGAUUAUCGGAAUGCCAUGGUGCUUCCAGAUGGCAUGGAUCUCUUUUCUACGGCUCCCUUGUUCUGUGCUGGAAUAACAGCAUACCACGCGGUCAACAAAUGCGGACUGCAGGCAGGAGACUGGAUUACGAUCAUUGGGUGUGGGGGGCUGGGCCAUUUGGCAAUCCAAUAUGCCAAGGCAAUGAAGUUGCGAAUCAUUGGUAUCGAUAUCUCUGACUCUCAGUUGGAAAACGCCAGGGCUCUGGGCGCAGACCUUACUUUCAACUCCGCCUCAAAUCCGAGCUAUACAGAAGAAAUAUUGCAAAAGACCAGUGGUGGUGCACAUGCUGCUGUUGUGCUGAGCGCAUCAAAUGCUGCAUAUCAAAGUGCGCCAAAUGUUUUGAGAAUCAACGGAUUAUUAAUGGUUAUUGGUAUACCCAAGGAGAAUUUGUCGAUUAAUGCUCUUGACAUCCUUCUUGGCAAGUAUCGCAUUAUGGGCGCAAGCAGUGGCACACCGCAACAGAUGCGUGAGCCUAUCGAGUUCAGCUACAAACAUGGUAUAAAAGCACACCUGAAUACCUUCAACAACAUCAUGGACAUACAAAAAAUGAUUAAGUUAAUGGAAAAUGGUAAGACGGCUGGCCGGUUUGGAAUUGUUUUCUAG